AAAAGUGCGCAGCACCCCUUUCUCUCCCCUUUCCCUCCCCCCUCCUUCUGUUCUUUUUCCAUUUGCGUCCGUUGUUUUGCCACAACUGCUCCACUAAAAGGCAAAAGUGUGGUUUUCAAGGCAUGCGAAGCUGCUCAAUCUAUACUGCUCACGAACUUCAACAAUUUCUUACUCUCGCUACCGCUUCAUCUUCCAAUCGGUCAAGAUUUCUUCAUAGACUAUGCAGUAGAACAGAAUCCGAAUUUUACAAGCUCAUACGUUGAAGCUGAAGCUGCAGCAGAAAUAUUGUACGAUGAUCACUCGUGCCAUCCAGAAAAAAUGGAAGAGUGGACAGGUAGUCAUUGCAGUUAUUUCCUACUUUUGAAAAAAUUACCUUGGCAAUUUGAAGUCGAGCUUAUCCCUAAGAUGACUGUUGUCUGGAUGAGCGAAAGUGUUCCCAAUUGCUUACUUAAGAGCGCUCAUGAAGGAAAGCUUGUUAGAUUCACUGUGACAAAGGAUAUGCCUUCUAUCGGUUCCUACUUGAAGACCAGUUGCUCGCUACUUUCCAUAUGCAUUGGUCGAUUUUUCAAAAAACUUCGAACUGAUUAUCCGGAUCAAUACAUUGAUUUGCAUUUCCACACAUACGAAGCUCCUUUCGUAUCAAUGGAGAAUGAUGAAAUAACAAUAAAUUCAACUUUUGCUAUAGAUUUCCAUAUAAAUCCUAUGAAAGAUCAUCCUAAAUCUUUGGCUAGGCUAGUGCUUUCCUCAUCGUCCUCUGUAAUCCCAGAGAUCGUAGACAAUAGAUUCACGGGAAACCUUACAGGGACCCACGAUGAGAUUCGAGAAGACUUUUCGGACAUUGGUGAAAUCCCCCAAACAUUUAUGAAUCUGUUCGAGAAAGUGUUCACCAUGACAAGUCGAGUUAUGGUUGAAUCCGUCCUUCAUAAAGGCGUUCCCAUACCCAUCUUUGACAACGUAACAAUAUCAGGUGAGAAUGGGAGCGAUGUUAGCGGUUGCGGAUGGUACUUUAGUUGA